AUGUCGCUCGUCCCAUAUCACCCACGCGAAGGGCGCGAAAUUGUGCUCCGACACUACAACGCCAUCGUCGUCCGCGACCCUUCCUCCCAACGUCUUGAGAUCCGGGGUCUGCAACUCAACGAAUGUCCGACCUGCCACCAGCCCCUGCGCUCAGCUUCCCCUGACAGACACUACGAACGAUCCCAUCAUGACGACACUUACGUUGACCCAAACUACUUCCGCAUGCUACGCGCUGGUCAUAACUCUGGCAGUGCUUCCCCAGUCCAUCCACCGCCGAGUCCAGUCCGUCGAUUAGCCGAGCCUCUGCCCGCCGUGGUCCACGAUGAGGAUGAAGUCGAGGCAAGGAUACCGAGGGCUGAAUUUGUCAGCAGUUCGCCUGCCCCUCAGAGCGGUGGACGCAUCAAGCGAGAGGCCUUCAGCCCACACUAUUUCAACACGUUCUUCGUUGAAGAAAGGGAGCUUGGCAGAGGAGGGAAAGGUGUCGUCCUGCUGGUGAGACACGAGAUUGACGGCUGCAACCUGGGGCACUUUGCCUGCAAGCGCGUCCCGGUUGGAGACGAUCACGCCUGGCUGGAGAAGGUGCUUGUUGAGGUGGAGCUGCUUGCCAACCUAGCACACCCCAACCUCGUCUCGUACCGCCACGUCUGGUUGGAAGACGUCCAACUCACUCGGUUUGGCCCCAGCGUCGCAUGCGCCUUCAUACUUCAGCAGUACUGCAACGGGGGCGACCUGCUGCACUACAUUAUCGGCGACAUGCCAAAAGAGGCGACCAAGGAGGAGCUCAAGGCCCAGAUGCGGCGAAGAUCCAAGGGCCAGGCUGAGCGGCCCCAGAUUCAGAAACGUCUACCACCUGAAGAGAUCUAUUCCCUUUUCAAGGAUGUGACCUCUGGUUUGGCCUACCUACACGCUGCGAAUUAUAUCCACCGAGACCUUAAGCCGAGCAACUGUCUUCUGCAUCGCGAUGGGAACCAGUUGAAGUGCCUGAUUAGCGACUUUGGCGAAGUUCAGCCGGGAGAUGCCGUUCGGAAGUCGACGGGGUCGACAGGCACCAUCUCGUAUUGUGCGCCAGAAGUCCUAAGGAAGGACGCACGCGGCAUCUACGGCAAUUUCACCACCAAAUCGGACAUCUUUUCCCUCGGCAUGAUCCUCUACUUCAUGUGCUUUGGGCGUCUACCGUAUGCCAACGCCAACAUGAUCCACGAAGAGCUGGAGGAUAUCGAUCAGUUGCGCGCCGAGAUCUCCGACUGGAAAGGGUUCCAGGACGAGAGGAAAGAGCGGCCGGAUCUGCCUCCCAAACUUUACCAACUCCUCAAGAGACUGCUCGCUGUCAAUCCCGCAGAACGGCCCGCCGCUAACGAAGUCCUGGGUUUCAUGGCAGCCGAAUCCAGUUUGGAUGGUAUGAAUUUAGACUCUCCCAUGCCGCCAAGCACCCCUGUUCCAGACCCCACCAAACACGCCCGCGUCAACAGCACAACAGAUGAAGACCUCCCAGGUCCCUUCCGCCGUGCCACCCCCGACUCCCCGGCGCAGACAUCCACCAGCACACUCCUCACAAAGCGCAUCAGCCCUCCAGCGACAGCAGGCUCCCAAGCGAUGACCCUCUCCCGCAGCAGCCGCAACCACAAGAACAGUCACAGCCACAGCCCACGCCGCCGCUCCCCAUCGCGCUCACCCCAGCGCAGCCCCAACCUGGGACCUGCCACCGCCGUCAGCAGCCCCCCGGCCGCCACAAUCACCACGCCGCUGCUCAUGCCGCCUCCUACGACUCGUCUGGAACGGAUGAGACAGGGUGUUGCGUUGACUUGGUACCGUGCCCGUGGCUGGGCGAGGGCGAAUGCGAGGUUAUUGAGGCUGGUGCUGUUUGUGCUGAAGAUACUCUCGCUUUCCUUUCCAUGGGAUGUGCCAUUACGCGCCACUUCAUGCUGGCGCUCGCAGGAAGCUGGGAAGUAUCGUCACAGCGGCUCGGCCCUGGCAGAUCACCCGCCUUACGACACGAUAUCCGCUUUUACUCGACCGAUCAUUCGAACCACCGUUUCCUCGGCAGGCCGCGAGGUCCAUCGCGUCCCCACCUUACUUGUUAGGCUUGGGUUAUUACGGCGGAAAGCAGGGUACAGCUACAAGAGGCAACUCAGCGACCUGCAAGGUGUUCGCGAGGGAAAGCCUGGAUCCCAGGCCCUUGGUGAACUGGGGAUGCUGCUCUCGGAGUGGAAGAACUCGUCAUUUGACCCUGUUGCUCAUUUAGGUCUCCAAACCGGCCUCUCCAGCCGGGAUCGUUCGGCUUUCUACCCGAGCCGCGAGGUCAGCCAUCCAUGUCGUUACGAAUAG